UACCACAAAAAUAAGGAACAAAGUUUCUCCAUAUCCUUAUCCAAUCACAAAACUAAUUACACCAAUGGCCUUGGACAUCUUCCUUCCUCUUUGUCCAUUGACAUUUUUGUAAUUAGCCAUGAAAAUCCUAAGCAUAUUCAUAAUGUCUAUAAUGUUGUACACUAAUUGCCAAGCAAUUAGUACUAACCUCCACCCUCUAAUCUUGAUACCAGGAGCUGGUGGAAACCAAUUAGAAGCUAGGUUAACUUCAAAGUACAAGUCUACAAGCUUGUUGUGCAACAAAUGGUAUCCGCUAAAAAAAGAUAGUGAAGGUUGGUUUAGGAUAUGGUUUGAUCCAAGUGUACUUUUGUCACCCUUUACAAAGUGCUUUAAUCAAAGGAUGAAGCUUUAUUAUCAAACACAUUUAGAUGAUUAUUAUGAUGCUCCUGGUGUUCAAACUAGGAUUACACAUUUUGGUUCUACUAAGCCCCUUCUUUAUCUUGAUCCUUAUCUACAGAAAAUUACAGCAUAUAUGGAGCCACUUGUGAAGGCUUUGGAAGAACUAGGCUAUAGAGAUGGAGAAAAUCUGUUUGGAGCACCAUACGAUUUUCGUUAUGGUUUAGCUGCAGAAGGUCAUCCUAGUCGUGUUGGUUCGAAAUUUCUCAAGGACCUAAAAGGACUUAUAGAAAAUGCAAGCAAUUCAAAUGGAGGUAAACCUGUUAUUCUUGUUUCGCACAGCUUAGGAGGUUUAUAUGUCCAUCAACUACUCGUUCGGAAUCUGAAAUCCUGGAGCCAAAAAUACAUCAAACACUUUAUAGCAUUGUCCACACCAUGGGGAGGAACAGUUGUGCAAAUGCUCACUUUUGCUUCUGGUUACACACUUGGAUUGCCUUUAGUUAAUCCAUUAUUAGUAAGGGAAGAACAGAGAAGUUCUGAAAGUAACAUGUGGCUUUUGCCUUCUCCAAAAGUGUUUACCUCCAAAACACCACUUGUUGUUACCCCAAAUGUUGGAUACUCAGCUCAUGAUAUCCCGAAAUUCCUAAAGGAUAUUGGGUUUUCUCAAGGGGUUAUGCCUUACACAUCGCGUAUUCUUCCCUUGGUUGACAAUUUUUCAUCUAGUACUUUCCCUGAUGAUCAAGUGCCUAUCACUUGUAUAAUUGGUUGUGGGAUUAAGACUCCAGAGACAUUAUUGUAUGGAUCAGAUGGCGAUUUUGAUAAGAGGCCUGAGAUUGUGUAUGGGGACGGAGAUGGAACGGUUAAUAUGGUAAGCUUGUUGAGUCUUGAAUCAAAUAAGAGUACUCACCAACACCUUGAAGUCCUUAAGUUACAAGGAGUUUCACAUACAGGUACACUAACAGAUGAAGUUGCACUUGAGAAAAUAGUUGAAAAGAUUUCUUGUAUUAACUCUGACAUUUCACUAGUUUCAAAAGCUUGAUGACGAUUCAUUAUAUAUAUAUAUUUCUUAUUGUAUUUA